AUGAGCAAGGAGUCCAUAGCCAAGAUGGAAGUAAACCGAACAGUGUUCGUCUCGACCCUUCUAGACCCCAACCAAAUCGCUCAUUUCCACUCGGUGACCCAGAUUCAAAGAAAGUUUAUUCCAGCAACCAUUAUGCUGGCAAAAUGGAGAGCCCUGCGAGGUUUCUUUGUUCUUCUGUUACCUGCCCUCACCUGGUCCUGUCCGAGCCGCUGCCUGUGCUUCCGUACGACAGUGCGGUGCAUGCAUCUGAUGCUGGAAAGCGUUCCUGAGAUCCCUCUUCCGACAAACGUACUAGAUUUGCGCUUCAACCGCAUCAAAGAACUUCAACCAGGGGCCUUCAGGAGAGUGAGGAACCUCAACACUCUAUUGCUGAACAACAAUUUGAUCAAACAUAUUGCAAGGCGAUCCUUUGGCGAGUUGGAGAGUUUGAAAUUCCUCUACCUCUACAAAAAUGAAAUUCAUACAAUUGAGCCACAUGCCUUCAAAGGACUUCAUUCUCUGGAACAGCUUUAUCUCCACUUUAACAACCUGGAAAAUCUGGAGACAGAGACCUUCAGUGACCUGCCCAAACUGGAAAGAUUAUUCCUGCACAACAACAAAAUUUCCAGAAUUCAGCCAGGAACCUUUUCCCAGUUAGAAUCCCUCAAGCGCCUACGGCUGGAUUCGAAUGCUUUGGUCUGUGACUGUGAGCUGAUUUGGUUGGCGGAGCUGUUGAAGAAGUAUGCUGAUCAAGGCAAUGCCCAGACAGCGGCCACUUGCGAGAAUCCCCGGGGUCUCCAAGGCAGGUCCCUGACCACGGUGACGACCCAGGAGUUUAACUGUGAGAGGCCCCGUAUCACAUCCGAACCCCAGAAUGUCGACGUCACCUUGGGCAACACGGUUUACUUCACCUGCAAGGCAGAGGGCAACCCCAAGCCUGAAAUAAUCUGGUUACACAACAACAAUGAAAUCGACAUGAAAGACAACAGCCGCCUCAACCUGCUUCAGGAUGGAACCCUGAUGAUCCAAGACACUCAAGAGUCAGAUAAAGGCGUCUAUCAGUGUAUGGCCAAGAAUAUUGCCGGAGAGGUCAAGACCCAAGAAGUGGUUCUCCGCUACUUUGGCACUCCCUCAAAGCCCAGCUUUGUCAUCCAACCUCAGAACACCGAAGUGCUAGUUGGGGAAAGUGUCACCUUAGAAUGUGGGGUAUCCGGACACCCCCAUCCUCGCAUCGUUUGGACCGUGGCCACUGGGUCCCCUCUCCCUGAUGAUUCCCGCUUCACCAUCACCAGCUCUGGAGGGCUGUACAUCCAGAAUGUGAAUUUUUCCGACCAGGGCCAAUACAAUUGCAACGCGAGCAAUUCAGAAGGCUCCGUUCAGGCUACAGCACAUAUCAUUGUGCAAGAUACCCCUAAAUUUGUGGUCACUCCCACGGAUCAGACAGUGACCGAGGGGCAAAGUGUUGAUUUCCAGUGCUCUGCUGAAGGCCACCCAACUCCUGUGAUUACUUGGACCCGUGCAGGAGGUCCCUUGCCCGGUGAUCGUCGUCACACCAUCCUCUCCACGGGGGCCCUCAGGGUGAUGAGGGUAGCUCUACACGAUCAGGGCCAGUAUGAAUGCCACGCUAUCAGCGCCAUCGGAGGCAAGAGUGUCCUGGUGCAGCUGACAGUCUCUCCACGAGUGAUCCCUGUCUUCCUCCACACUCCCCGGGAUACCGUGGCUGAGACCGGACGGGAUAUAGAGAUUCCUUGUGCAGCCCAGGGGGACCCCCCUCCCAUUAUCACCUGGGCCAAAGAGGGCAUCCAAAUCACAGAGAGCGGCAAAUUCCACAUCAGUGGCGACGGGACCCUCACGGUGCGUGACCUGGGAGUGGCUGACCAGGGCCGAUACGAGUGUAUCGCUAGGAAUGCCUUUGGCUUCACGUCCAGUGCCAUGAGGCUGACCAUCACCGCCACGGAUAUCGGCAGGAGCGGCGACACCUUUGUAGCCACAUCAAUCCAGGAAGCUAUCAGCAGCGUGGACCACGCAAUCAACUCCACGCGGACAGAGCUGUUUAGCAAGCGACCCAAAACUCCCAACGACUUACUGGCGCUCUUCCGCUACCCUCGGGAUCCUUACACCAUCGAGACGGCCCGAGCAGGCGAGAUCUUCGAGCGGACCCUGCAACUGAUUCAGGAGCAUGUGCAGCAAGGGUUGAUUGUGGACAUCAAUGCCACAGGCUUACCGUUACACGACCUGGUCUCCCCUCACUACCUGAACAUGAUCGCCAACCUGUCCGGCUGCUCCGCCCAUCGCCGCACCCAAAACUGCUCCGACAUCUGCUUCCACCAACGCUACCGCACGCACGACGGCUCCUGCAACAACCUGCGGCACCCGACGUGGGGGGCCUCCCUGACCGCCUUCCGGCGGCUCACUGAAGCCCCUACCAGAAACGGCUUCAACCUGCCCCGGGGCUUCUCCGCGGGCCGAGGGCUCGGGCCGAGCUGCCCCUGCCGCUGCCGGUCGUUCGUCUCCACCGCCAUGAUGGGCACGGAGACCGUCACGGCCGACGGCCGGUUCACCCACGAUGCUCUGCAGUGGGGCCAGUUCCUGGACCACGACCUGGACCAGACGGUGGCGGCCAUCAGCAUGUCCCGCUUCUCCGACGGAGCCCCCUGUAAGCCGGGCCUGCAGCAACGACUCCCCUGCUUCUCCGUGAUGAUCCCCGAGAACGACCCCCGGGUGCGGAACGGGCGCUGCAUGUUCUUCGUCCGCUCCAGCCCCGUCUGCGGCAGCGGCAUGACCUCCCUCCUGAUGAACUCAGUCUACGCCCGUGAGCAGAUCAACCACCUGACCUCUUACGUGGACGCCUCCAACGUGUACGGGAGCACGGAACAGGAGUCCCGGGAGCUGCGGGACCUGGGCAGCCCCUGGGGGAUGCUGAAGCAGGGGCCGGUGACGCCCGGCUCGGGGAAGCCCCUGCUGCCGUUCGCCACGGGCCCGCCCACGGAGUGCAUGCGGGACGAGAACGAGAGCCCCGUACCCUGCUUCCUGGCCGGCGACCACCGGGCCAAUGAGCAGCUGGGCCUCACCGCCAUGCACACGCUCUGGUUUCGGGAGCACAACCGCAUGGCCAAGGAGCUGCUGGCCUUGAACCCGCACUGGGACGGGGACACGCUCUACCACGAGGCCCGCAAGAUCGUCGGGGCCCAGAUGCAGCACAUCACUAACGCGCACUGGCUGCCCAAGGUCCUGGGGGAGGCCGGGAUGAGGAUGCUGGGGGACUACAGAGGGUACGACCCCAACACCGAUGCCGGUAUCCUCAACGCCUUCGCCACCGCCGCCUUCCGCUUCGGGCACACGCUCAUCAACCUUCUCUAUCGGCUGAACGAGACCCUUCCAGCCACAUCGCCGGAAGGCCACGUCCCCCUGCACAAGGCUUUCUUCUCGCCCUUUCGCAUCACCCAGGAAGGCGGCAUCGACCUCUUGAGGGGUCUUUUCGGGAUCCCCGGCAAGAUGAGGGCCACGGAACUUCUGAACAUGGAGCUGACGGAAAAACUCUUCUCCAUGGCCCACUCGGUGUCUCUGGACUUGGCGGCCAUCAACAUCCAGAGGGGGCGGGACCACGGGAUCCCACCCUACAAUGACUUCCGGGUCUUCUGCAAUCUGACCUCCGCCCAGGAAUUCGAGGACCUCAGAAAUGAGAUCAGGACCCUGGAGAUAAGAGAGAAGCUCAGGAGCCUGUAUGGGACCCCCAAGAACAUUGACCUGUUUCCAGCUCUGAUGGUGAGAGACCUGGUUCCCGGCACCCGCGUCGGACCCACCCUGAUGUGCCUUCUAGCCACCCAGUUCAGGAGGCUCCGGGAUGUGACAGAUUGUAGGUCCCGAGGUCAGUUCAACGCUCUCUCCCAACAAUUCCGCGGUAAGAGAUCUCCCAGCUUCAGUUACCCUGAAGAAAACCCUUCCGAUCACAAAUGGAACAAUUCCAGUGUGACAAGAAAACCUGCCAAGAGCCCAUCUGCAGGAGAAGAUCCUUGGUCCUUUGUGGCUGAACUAGAAAAGACCAUCUCCUCCCUCCAGAAGCAGAAGACCAUCUUCGGUGGCAUCAAGGAGCCACCAAUGAACAAAGAUGCGGAAGAGAACAGGUCAGAAGUGGAGGAGGAGAUGACUGUCCCUCUUGCAUUGAAGAGUGGGACCUCUCAGAGGCAGUAUCCCUCCAACCACGCUCUCAGUCAGGAGAGCAGAGAUGUGGCUGGCGUUGGCUUGAUCGCCGCCCGAUAG